AUGUUCGCGGGGCUCCUGGGGCUCUCUGCCCUGCUGCAGGCGGCCGAGCAAAGCGCGCGUCUCUGCACCAUUGUUUACUACUUUGCCACAGGCCAUCUCCUCUGGGCAUGGCUGGCCCUUUCUGUCCUCCUGCCCGGCUUCUUGGUCCAGGCCCUGAGCUAUCUGUGGUUCCAAGCAGAUGGGCAUCGGGGUCCUUGGUGGCUGGUGUUACUGCAUCUGCUGCAGCUUGGUGUCUGGAAGCGGCACUGGGACUCACUGGCAGCUGCCCUGUGGAAGGGAAGGGAGGCUCCCUGCUGGGGACAGCUGUAUCUGCAGGAGGUUGACCUGUCAGCCCUCAGGCUCCUGGAAGCUCUGCUCCAGACGGGGCCCCAUCUGCUGCUUCAGGUGUAUGUGUUCCUAGACUCUGGCUUCACAGAUACUGUGCCAGGGAUCAGUGCCCUACUUUCCUGGUCUUCACUGUCCUGGGCCCUUGUGUCAUACAACCAAUUCCUGGGCGUCAUGAAGCCAGGCCACCGAGCGAUGUUAUGGGCUGCUCUCUUGUGCCAGCAGCUGUGGCGGAUGGGCAUGCUGGGAGCCCGUGUGCUGAGCCUCGUUCUGUUCUGCAGAGUUUACCGGGUUUGGGUUUUGGUGGUUGGAGGUGCUCACUGGCUGGUGAUGACCUUCUGGCUUGUAGCCCAGCAGAGCGACAUUGUGGAGAGCACCUGCCACUGGAGGCUCUUCAACUUGCUGGUGGGGGCCGUGUACAUCCUCUGCUACAUCAAUUUCUGGGACAGCCCUUCCAGAAGCAGGAUGGCCAGCUUCUACUUGGUCAUGCUGCUGGAGAACUCCAUCCUCUUACUAUUGGCCACUGACUUUCUGCAGAGGGCACCAUGGGCCAGCCUCUGGACUGUGGCGGGGGUCUUGUCUGGAUUUCUCAUUGGCAGUGUCUCACUGGUUAUUUAUUAUAGCCUGCUACAUCCAAAAUCCGCAGACAUCCAGCAGAACUUCUUGAGGAAAUGCUGUGGCCCCAUAGAGAAUGACAAAGCUGAAUCAGAGCCUUCUCCCAGGGCCAUGGUUCCAGCAGGGGAGAGGCCAGAGAGCGCAAACUGGUGCCAAGAGGAAAGCUAUGAGCUAACCAGUCUAGAUAAGGCCUCCAGCCCAAUGCAGAAUACAACGGAGGUGGGGCAGGGAGACCAGAGAUCCUGGGAGUACUCCUUCUACAGCCAUCACCACUGGCUGUUGGUGAAACUUGCUCUCAAGACAGGAAGUGUAUCUAAGAUCAACGCAGCCCUUGGAGUUAACAGCCCUGGCUGCUCCUGUCCCCCUGUGUUGGGGUCGAAUCAACACUGUAAUCUACAGAGGAAGCCCCUGUUUUCCCAGCAAGACAUCCCAUCCUCUCCUUGUGACCCUUUGGCCUUGGAGAAAGGCUCUGCAUAUGCAGGUGCUCCAAAAGCAGAGAUGGAAUCAUUGGAAACUUCAAGCUUUGUCUCCUUUGCCAGUGAGCAUGAGGACAAUUCAACUGCCCAGAAGCCACCAGCUCCACAGGAGGAAGACAGCCCAAAGGAUGGGCCCAAGGCUGACCUUGAAGCUCAAGAGAUGGAUGCAGUUGGGCCUCUGAAAGGCGAGGAAGGACAGGCAAGCACAACACUGUACUUCAGUGCCACCAUGGAAAGGACCACGCCCUCUUACCAAAAAGGCAGCCCAGUGGCUCUGCGGGCAUCCCACUUGGGAACAUUGAGAGAAAGCAGGCCUGUGCAGCCUGAUUUGCCUCAGGCAGUCACAAAGCCCUUUCCUGUUACCAUGGCCAACAUUAGUCCCAUUCCAGGCAGAAACUUCUGCCCCAGUACAGGCCUCCUUGGACGAGCCCCAGAGAGUUCAGAGUGUGAGGAGUGGAGGGGGCCUGCAAAGGACGUCAGUAUACAGAGGUCAUUGCCAAUGAUGAGCCUGAGAGAGCCCUGCUUCACAUCCACCCCCAAGUCUGAGUCUAUCCAGAGGGACUGUAGCUGCAGGGACAGGAAGAACCAGGAGGUGAGCUUUUUCAUCUGA